UUUCAAACCUCAGGAUGGAGUAGAAUCUGAUAAAGAAUUUCAUGAAAAUUGUAUCACCUCAACCUUUCGGUCAUUAGUUGGUCUUGUCACUGUUAAAAUCUAUCGUGAAGUUCUUGAAACUUAUGCUUUAUCAACUUUUAAAGCACAACACGAAAAUUUGUUUUCCAAGAAACAUCUCACCUGA